GGUAAACACUGGGAUUGAUAUGGCUGAUCAGCAACCUGGAAUCGCUGUUCAGCAACCUGCAAUGGCUGUUCAGCAACCUCCAACUCAACCUUCAAUAGCGUUCACAACUCAUCCACCCUUUAAGAAGGGUGGUGUGCUAAUCACUGCAAUUUUUCAUAUUGUCCUUGGUGGCUUGUGCGUGGCAAUGGGAAUAUGGGCAGGAGUUAAAACAUUGGAAUAUUCUCUUCUAUAUUUCAGUGUAUUGCUGUACAUACCUGCGGGGAUAGUUGGUCUGCGGGCAGCCUCCAAACAAAACAAGUGUACAGUGAUGAUCUAUCAGACGAUGUCCAUUUUUUGUUUUUUCGCCGCUGCUUCUCAGUCGUUAUACUUACUUAUUUUCUGCAUCAAGUUAAGUAAAUUGCAUAAGGACAUAUGGAAUGGUUACUAUAUAAUAUCGAUUGCUCAGCCUAUUCUCGCCUUGUUGUUUAAUGUAGGCGAAGUUGUUGUUGCUGCUAUAGCAAUAUUUAUAGCACGCAGCUCAAGUGGUUGGUGCUGUGACACAUUACCAACACAAUCAAAUUUGGCCAUGAAGAGUUCCUUAAAUAACCCCGUGUCAUCGAUGUCGCCUCCACAACAAGUAUUCACUCAACCACAACAAGCAUUCGCUCCUCCACAACAAGCAUUCACUGUACAACAAGGGAUGAACAUCAGCCAGCCAAAUGGACAACCAGAGCCCAAUGGAAUGAGCGUGAUUUCAUACUGAACUGAGCAGUCGGCUGAGAGGUAUUGUUCCUGCUUCUUGUGCAGAAGACACUGGUUCAAACCCAGCCAGCGUCAUGUUUUAAUUUGAGUCUGACGAUUACUUACCUCCUCGAAUAACCAUCAUAUUGAUUUAAGGACAAUGUUUGUGUCCGUUAUGUCCGUUAUAUCAUAGAGAAAAUUUUUUCUCUAUGGU